AUGGUUCCCCUCCGUGUCCUUCUUCUCCUUUUCGCGACUGUGGCCGCCGCAAUCCCGCUCCAGGACGAGGCGCGCGACGCUUUCGACGUGGCGAUCCCCCUCGACACGCCGGCGGUCCACAUCGACGAGGCGCCACCCAGCCGCCGGGCAUUCCUCUACAAGGCGGAAGACGACACCACCGAGGCGGACGACGGCACCGACGACGACGACCCCACCGAGGACGACAACAGCACGCCGCCCACCGUCGAGCUCGCCAAGGGGUGGCCCAACGCUCGGCGGGACGGCGACAGCGCCGUCGAGGCCCGCAAGGUCGGUAGCGGGGUCGCGCGCAACGCCGACCCCAAUACCAACGGCAAGGACAAGGCGACGGACAAGGACAAGCCCAAGGGCCCGAAGGUGGUUCUCGGCUCCAAGCCCGGCCCGCCCAAGGCCUCCGGGCCGCCGCCCGUGCACACCCCCAGGCCCAAGCCCAAGCCGCCCAAGCCGUCCAAGGCCCCCAAGCCCUCUAACGGGGCCAAGGCGAGGCGGGACGGCGGCGCGUCGUGUGACAGCGGCCUCGUCGCCCGCAAGGCCGGCACCAAGGACCAAGGCAAGCCCAAGCCCAAGCCCAAGCCCAAGCCCAAGCCCAAGCCCAAGCCCAAGCCCAAGCCCAAGCCCAAGCCCAAGCCCAAGCCCAAGCCCAAGCCCAAGCCCAAGCCCAAGGUGGUGGUGCCCGGCUCCAAACCCGGCCCGCGGCCCAAGCCGAACGGCGGCGGCGGAAGCGUCAAGCCUCCCAAGCCGCCCAAGCCCACUAGCGCUGUCAAGGGGCGCGCACAGUAA